AUGUACAGAAUUAAGGCACCAAAGGGUAGUAACUAUUGGGUCUCUAUCUUGGCCAAUCCUGAUGUUGUCGAAUAUUACUUCGAUAAUGUAGUAGACACUUUACACAAGAAGAAUUUGUUACUCUUGGGAGAGGAUCGAUACCUUUCAACGCUCAUGCUUCGAACAUUUCCCAAACGUAAACAAGUAUUUGUCCCACAAGCUGUUUGCAAAACUCAAGUACCAAACUCUCUUUGGGUUCUCAUGUCACAAAGACGUAGAUGGAUUAACAGUACUGUCCACAAUCUGAUGGAAUUGGUCUUGGUUAGAGAUCUUUGCGGUACUUUCUGCUUCAUGGUCAUUUCAAUCAUUCGUCGCCCUGUUCAGAUCAUCCCACUCGUACUUUUAGGGUUGAUCCUUGGUUUACCAGCGGUUCUGAUUGUUAUCACAGCUCAUCGUUGGGUCUACGUUCUUUGGAUGUUGAUAUAUCUUGUCUCGUUGCCAAUUUGGAAUUUCCUGCUUCCAGCAUAUGCAUUUUGGAAAUUUGACAAUUUCUCUUGGGGUGAUACUCGUAAGACGGCGGGCGAAAAGACUAAGAAAGCGGGUAUUGAAUAUGAAGGAGAAUUCGAUAGUUCAAAGAUUACUAUGAAACGAUGGAAAGAAUUUGAGAGGGAGAGGAUCUUGAGGAGUAAUCCAAGUUGGCAGCACUCAAAUGCCUCGUCGGGUAAGGAGAAUCAUCGUUGGCAGCAACAUCAAUAUGAUGAUUAUGCCGAUAGUUGA